AUGAACUUGGCGGUCCGGGUUGGGUUCUUGGCGGUUCUUGAUUGCAUGGACCGGAAAACCGAGCUUAUGGCAAGCAUCACCCCCGGAACUGUUUUGAUCAUUCUGGCUGGAAGGUUCAAGGGCAAGAGGGUUGUCUUUUUGAAGCAGCUGUGUUCUGGCUUGCUUUUGGAAGAGAAAGAAAAAACAGGGUUUCUCUUCCUUCCUCUCUUAAUUAUAUCUGUUUUUCUACACAUCUUUAUUGUUGACACAUUAGCUUUGGUUAGGAGAUUAGAGGGGCAAGGGGUGCCCUCGAAGCACGCCGAGGCCAUAACAGCUGCCAUCACUGAAGUUUUGAAUGACAGCUUGGAGAAUGUGUCUCAGUCGUUUGUUUCCAAGGCAAAGCAGCAGAAAAAUGAGAUGAUCCAAGACUCGAACUUGUCCAAGUUCAAAUCCGAAGUUCAAAGUUCUCAGGUAGAUUCUAGCUCUUUAGUAUCAGUUGCUAACAUGGUUACAUGGGCUUGA